GACACCUCAGAAGAAACAGCUUGAACUCCCCUAUUCCAAACGAACUCAGCACCAUGGACACUAAGGGCUCAUUUUCCUGUGGCUUCCUCUUGCUGCUGCUCAUCCAGCUCCAGUCCAGCAGAGCCAACCCCAUCUACAGCCUCAGCCCUGCCAAAGAACUGGCCAGCAUGGAGGCUCUGCUGGAGAGACUGGAGGAUAAGUUUGCAAUGAUUGAAGCCCUGGAGUCCAACCCUGACCUGCAAAACCCCAAAACCCAGGAGGAGAUCCUCCCAGAGCUCACAGAUGACAGUGACGAACAGAAGGCUGAACCCAGGCUAGCACUCAGCACCCCCCUGUCCUCCAGGAACCCCUUCCUCAAGAGACUGAGGGGGCUGCAGGUGCCCAGGAUGAUGAGAGAUUCUGGCUGCUUCGGGAGGAGAAUUGACAGAAUUGGCUCUGUCAGCGGAAUGGGUUGCAAUGGUUCCAGGAGCAAUUACUAGGACAACCUCCCUGUGCCCCGCUCUGAAGAAUGCUUUACAGUACCUGUUCCUCCCAAGACGAAAGCCAUUUCUUUCUAAGCUCUGCACCAGAAAGUGAUUCCUAUUUCUAUCUAUUUAUUUAUUUAUUUAUUUGGAAAAAGAAAACUUUUUUUUUUAGAACAUUUCUUACUCUAGCACCAAGAGACCAUCUCUAAAUAAAACCAACACCUUAGCCAUCUCUGCUGGACCUCUCUCCUGUCUGUCGCACUACAAUGUCUUGCAUUUUCCUACAGCCAAAGCCUGUGUGUUACUUGGCACUCCGGUACCCGCAAGGCUGGAUCCUACUUGCACAAAGUGGAGAAAGUAUCAACUGUGUAGAAAGAAAAAGGGUUUUUCACUACAUUUCCCCCAUUCACUAAGAAAUUAUAAGAGAGAGCAGGGGGGAAAAUCAAAAAAGCUUUGCUCAACAUUGAAAGGCCUCCAGAGUCCUGCUAGAGACAGGGUGUCAGUAACAAGAGAGUCCUUCUGCUGGUAUAGUCAAGGGAACUGCCACAAAUCCCUCCCAAAAGCAAAACGAACAUGAAAAGAAAUCAGAAAAAUCAUAACACUCCACAAGUUUCCAGAUGACCAGAGGGAGGAAAGGGAAAUAAUUGGGUAUGCUUUCUAGCACUGACCAA